UCUUAGCCUCGACCUUUAUGAGCGAAUAUGCCCCGGGUGAUAGGCCCAUCCGGCCGAAAGCCAUAUCCUGCCGCAGAGGCAAGUCAUAUACUUCGGAAAACAACCCAAACGGGAGUUGCGAUGGUUACCUUUGACUGGGUGGUCAAAAGCUAGAAAAGGCGUUGGUUCCUCUCCCCUAGCCAAGGCAAGCUACCGACACCAUCUUCGCAUUCCUCCAGCUUCGGGACACCAUCGCCUUCUAGCCUCCGUUGAAGAUGCUCUCCAAAAUCCUUGCGCUCGCCGCCCUCCUGGGCCCGGCUGCGGCCCAGGUGGUGGGCAAGGAGACGACCGAGACGCAUCCCAAGAUGACUUGGCAGAAGUGCAGCGCCAGCGGCUCCUGCUCCAGCGUGAGCGGCGAGGUGACCAUCGACUCCAACUGGCGCUGGGUCCAUGACAAGGACGGCUACACCAACUGCUACAGCGGCAACGAGUGGAACUCGACCAUCUGCAACGACGACAAGACCUGCGCGUCCAACUGCGCCGUGGAUGGCGCCAACUACUCCGGCACGUACGGAGCUUCGACCAGCGGCAAUGCCUUGACCCUCAAGUUUAUCACUGAGGGCGAGUACUCCACCAACAUCGGCUCACGCUUGUACCUGAUGGCCGGGGCGGACAAGUACCAGAUGUUCACCCUACUCGGCAACGAGUUCACCUUCGACGUCGACACCUCCAAGCUCGGCUGCGGCCUCAACGGUGCCCUGUACUUUGUUUCUAUGGACGAGGAUGCCAGAUAUGGCACUGGCUACUGCGAUGCCCAGUGCCCUCGCGACCUCAAGUUCAUCAACGGCGAGGCCAAUGCUGUCGGUUGGAAGGAAUCAUCCAACGAUCAGAAUGCUGGUGUUGGCCAGUACGGCUCCUGCUGCACUGAGAUGGAUGUCUGGGAGGCCAACUCCAUCUCGACCGCUUAUACUCCUCACCCCUGCACCACGGUUGGCCAGCAUCGUUGCGAGGGAGAUGCGUGCGGCGGGACCUACUCCGCAACGAGGUACGCGGGUAUCAAAGACUUUUACGGCCCGGGCAUGACGGUCGACACGAACAAGAAGUUCACUGUGGUGACGCAAUUCAUCAAGGGCAGCAACGGCCAGUUGGCCGACAUCAAGCGCUUUUAUGUGCAGAACGGCAAGGUGAUCGAGAACCCCGAGAGCACCAUCGAGGGCAACUCGGGCAACAGCAUCACGGAGGAGUUCUGCAAGACGCAAAAGACGGCCUUCAACGACCAGGACACUUUCAACGACAAGGGCGGCAUGGCCCAGUUCAGCAAGGGCGUCGCCGCCCCCAUGGUGCUCGUCAUGUCGCUGUGGGACGACCACUACUCCAACAUGCUGUGGCUCGACUCGACCUACCCGACCGAUGCCAGCCCCGACGAGCCCGGUAAGGGUCGCGGUACUUGCGAUACGUCCUCCGGCGUGCCGAGCGACAUUGAGGAGAGCCAGGCGAGCAGCCAAGUGAUCUACUCGAACAUCAAGUUUGGUCCCAUCGGCUCGACCUUUAAGCAGCCGUAA